ACAGCAGUUCUAGCAGCAGCAAGCGAACCCCGCUAUCACACUCAACUCGAUCAGCUCUUCUCUGGCAUAUAAUUCGCGAGUGUUUGUAGUGUCCGUUCAGUGUAGCGGCCGACGGACAAGACGUUGAACAACUGUAGCAGCAGGUGGUUUUAAACAUGCGCCUCCUGCAGCCUCUAGCGUUUCUGUGCCUGCUCUCGGCACUUGUCACACAGGGCGUGGACUGCGAGCCGGUGCUGGCGACCGUCUACUACGAGGCCAAGUGCCCCUACUCGCGUGACUUCGUGGUCCAGCAGCUGCUGCCUGCUGUCCUCCGGGACCCGGAGCUGAUCCGGCCUGUGCUCGUGCCUUUCGGGAAGGCCAACGUGAGUGCGACCCCGGAGGGCUACGACUUCACUUGCCAGCACGGGCCGACCGAGUGCCUGGGGAACCGGCUGCACGCCUGCGGCAUCGCCCUGGCCUCCAGCCACACGCUGCAGGUCUCGUACGCCGCCUGCCUCAUCAGCGACUACACCGACGUUCAGGCCGCCGCACAAGAGUGUGCUGACGAGUUGGGCCUGCCGUUCUCAACCAUUUCCGAGUGCGCAAAUGGUACAGCUGGCAGCGAACUGAUGAGGGCGUACGGGAACACCACGAAAGACCUGAGCCCUCCACUGACAAGUGUCCCGACAGUCACAUUGAAUGGGAACAGAGGCAACCAGACCGCCAUCUUGCAUGACUUCUGGGAAGAAGUUGUUAAACUCUCCGAAGAAACAGAAACGAGGAGUGGCUCCAGCCGCGGAGGAGGGCGGUCGGUGGGCGCCCCGCUUCUUCUGCCUCUGCUGCUUCUACCGCUGCUGCCAUUCUGGGGCCUGCUGGUGCGGUACGAGGCGUAGUGGGGCGCUGUGGCGAAACUCUGAGCUCGUCGUGCAAGCGGAAAGGUUGGAGACUAACGAACCCGACAUGCUGUACAGGCUACUGCUACUCAUUUAGUAAUUGUUUUAUCUCAGGAGUUUUAG